AUGAGGUCUUCGCGCGAGCAGAAGCCCACGCUCCUGUGGUCGCCGCACGCGGCGGGACAGUUCGCCAUCGGAACCUCCGACAAGCUCUCCAUCUACGCCUUCCAGCACGGGCCUGCGGCCGGAGACGAGGUCGAUUUUGACGGCGCGCCUGCAGACGACAGCGUCGGCCUGGAGAGCCUCGCGCCGCGUCGGAGCGAGCAGAGCGUGCGCCCUGUCUCGUCUGUGAGCGACGUCUCGCAGCUCACCUGCGCCACUUGGAGCCCUCGGGCCGACCAGCCUCUCACGAUCGCCAUCGGCACCGCCACCGGCCGGAUGGUUCUGCACGAGUGCACGCCGCGCAGCGCCGCGGCGGCGGAGGCGCCGCCGGUGCGCGGCGUGUGUGUGUCUUGCCUCGGCAGCAGCGGCGUGCUCGUGUGGGACGUGGAGCGCGACGCAACCGCCUUUGAGCCGGCACUCAGCCGCACGCCGCAGGGAGGCGGAGGCGGCGGUGGCGGCGGAGGCGGCGGCGGAGGCGGAGGCGGCGGCGGCGGAGGCGCGGCCGGCGGAGGCGCGGCCGGUGCGUGGCCGUGCGGCGGCGUCGGCGAGUCGUGCCGCUCGGGAAGCCCGCGGGCCAGCCGCGGCGGCGCGGCGGGCGGCGCGGCGGGCGGCGCGGCGGGCGGCGGCGUUAGCGGCGGCGGCGGCGGCUCCCACUCCAUCGGGUACGACAUAUCGACCGCUUCCGCCGCCGUGUACGGCGUCGUGUUCGACAGCUUUGACCCGCACCGCCUUCUCACCUUCUCCGACGCGUCCGAUACGCCCACCGGCCUCGUCAAGGGGUGGGACCUGCGCCGGCUUGCGCACGGCUCUCCACUCUUCACCCUCUCUGCCGCCGACGCGGCGAGCAGCGGGCGGGCGGGCGGGCGGGCGGCGCAGAGCCGAGGCCUCCUCCAGGUUGGCUGGUGCGCGACGCAGCGCGGGCUCGUCGGGACGAUCUGCGAGGGCGCCGCCGGACUCUGCCUCUGGGACAUCGACCAGAUGCUUCUCACCAAGCGGCAGCAGCUGCAGCAGCAGCAGCAGCAGCAGCAGCCCGCGCCGCCGCCGCCGCCCGCCGCGUCGCAGCCGCCGCAGCCGCCGGCGGCGGCGCCGCCGAAGGCACCGCCGGCGUCGCCCGCGCAGCCGGCGGCGGCGGUGCACGUCGCCGCCGCCGGGCCGCUGCCCCCCUCUGAUGUCCACCUCGACGCCGCCGGGCCGCUGCCCCCUCUGCUGCUGCCCGCGCAGCUCACCCCGAGCGCCGACACGUGGCAGCGCCCGUCCGCCGCCGAGCGCGCCGCCGCCGUCGCCGACUACAGCCUCCCCUCCGCCGCGACGCUCGCCCUCUCCGCCUCCGACGCGCCGCACUGCCUGCAGCUGUACGAGCCCGAGGCGCCCCUCGCCACGCACGCCAGGCUGCUGGCGGGGUACGGCCUCGACGCGCAGAGCGCGCUGCGGCUCUUCGAGGAGCGAGGCGCCGCCGCGGCCGUCACUUCGCCGAGGGAGCGGCGAGAGCUCUACGAGGCGUGGCGGUUCGUCCACUCCGCGGCGUCGCAGGCGUCGGUGCCGGGCGCGCCGCCGCUGCUGUGCGGGUUCGCGCAGUUGCUCGCGGACAGCGCCCCCGCGGUGGCCGCCGAGUGCUCCUCCUCGCUGCUCCGUUUCGAGUCCUCCGCGCGCAACGCCAUCCUGCGCUGCUGCGGCUGGCCGGCGCUGGAGGAGGCGCUCACCGCGUACGAGGCGGCGCUGCAGUUCGAGCGGGCGGCGCUCGUCGCCCUCUUCCACGCCGGCGCGUGCGAGUCGUACCGCGAGCUCGAGCGCGCCGCGCUGGAGCGGGGCGGCGCCCACCCGGGCUUGCACCCCCGCCGGGCCGUCGACCUGAGGAUGAUCGCGAUGGCGCGCUCGCCGUCAUGCCGCGCACCACCCCGCUCGUCGAAAGUGCUGGCGGGCUUCCAGACGCGAUCCGUGCUCUGGUCCGCGACGGUGCAGUCGACCGCCCGCCGCGUCGCCUCGCCGCACUUGCGCCUGCUGCUCGCCACCCUCUGUCUCUGCACCGAGGCCGAGCAAGAGCCGCGCGAGACGCCCGCCGGCGGCCUCGACGGUCUCGGCGAGCUGCUCGACGCGCUGUUUGCGGACCCGCCCCUGGCUGGCGCCGCUCCAGCCGCUCCAGCCACCGCUGCCGCCACUGCCGCCGUCGCCACUGCCCUCUCCGCCCCUCUCCCCGUUUCUUCGCCCGCCGGCCUAUCCGCUGAGGCCUCUCGUGGCGCUUCGAGCAGAGGUGCGGGCGCGGGAGCAAGCGGGGCGCGUGUCGAGGGCGGCGGCGAGGGUGGCGGCGGCGGCGGCGGCGGCGAGGGCGGCGGCGGCGGCGAGGCGGCGCUCUCACUAGCAGACUCGACCGCCUUUGCCUGCCGUUUUCUCUCCGACGAGAGGCGACGCGCCCUAGAUGCACGCGGCUGGCUGGGCGGGCUCUGCUUCUGUGGGCUGGGCGAGCACGCGUUCCCGCUGCUCCAGUCGUACAUCGACCGCAGCUCGGACGUGCAGACCGCCGCGGCGCUGCUGCUCUCCGCGCCGAAGGGCGUCCUCUCCCUCCCGCUGCCGCGCCACUGGCUCGACACGUACCGACGAAUGCUCAACCGGUGGCAGCUCUACCACGCCCGCUGCCGGCUCGACAUUGCCGCCGCGCGCGCGCGCAGCGCCGAGGGCGAGCCGACGCGCCCGCCGAGGGCCGGCGAGCCACGCGAGCGGAGGGUCGGAGAGCCGGCGAGCCAGGCGGGCUCGGCCGCGCCACUGCCCGCGGCAGCGGAGGACGCGGAUGGCACCGCGCCGAGCUCAGGUCUGGGCCGGUGGAUGGUCUGGUGCCAGAGCUGCCGGCACGGCGGGCACGCGCUGCAUGUGGAGCAGUGGUUCGCGCGCCACACCGUCUGCCCGGUUGCCGGGUGCGACUGCCAGUGCGCGCUGCUCGACGCGGGGAUGCUAGGGAGGGCCGGAAGGCAGGCCGAGCCGGGCAAAGAGUAG